AUACAUUGUAUUUUGAAUUAAUUUCAUAAAUCCAGAAAGACUAUAUUUGAAAAAUAAAGAAAGCCAAAGUUCCAGUGGUAUCGUAUCCACAUCUGCAGCCAAAAUUUGUGAGACCACUACAUCAAAAUGAAAGACCUUUGAUAAUCAAAAAAUAUAUUAGUUGCUUUACGUUGUCUUCUUAGCAGUAAUAUGUCAUGGAAAGACCUCCAUCAAUGACCCUUUGUACCGUGUAAUCUUUGACUAAAUUGAAAAGUGGGGUCAUGUUCAGGGGCUGAAUCAGUUCCAUUAAAUCAAAGACUGCAAUCUCCACCCCUUUCUGCUCAUCACAAUUCAUGCAAGUUUGACUAGAUGUGGUUCUCUGAACAUCUGGUCUUUAGCUGUUUGUUUUUUAUAUAGUACAGUAAUACGCUAUAUAUGAGAAAACCAAAUAAGUAAUGAAAUGCAUUUCCUCUGUUCAUAAAUGUAAAGACAACAUACAGCAAAAAAACUUUAUGAAAACAGAAAAGAAAAGAGACAUGAUGUAUUUUCCGUAGUCUUUAAUAAUCUUUAACGUAUUAAAAGUAAAUCAAACUGCAGUAAUUUUAAUGUUUACCUCUAAUUAGGUUUUCUGAUCAUUCAUAGAAUUGAGACAGCAUAGUCAAGAUUGUAUAGUGUUGUGUAUUGUGCUCACCUAAAAGCUAAAAAAUCUAUAUUAUGGUGUUCUUCAAGGUUAUAUUUUAGGUCCUGCACUUUUUAAACUUGCCACUUGAAAAGGUCACCAAGAGGUGAUAUUAUAUCUGACCUUUAUUUGGUUAACCGAAGUGAAGAAUUGUCUGAUGUGUUGUACCUCAUUUACUUGUUUUGGCAUGUUCACUUCUGUCUCAAGUACAUGUCAGCACCCAUUCAGACUAAUUGCAAUCAUGUGUAGCACAGUGUAUUAAGUACGUUAAACAACACAGUCCUUGUUUGCAUUUACAGCAGGCAAAAUGUGGUUUUGCAAUAAUCCUCAUGGCGCUGUACUGGUGUACAGAGUGUAUCCCUCUGGCUGUGACUGCUCUGCUGCCUGUUGUCCUCUUCCCAAUGAUGGGCAUCAUGGAAGGAACUGAGGUUUGCAUUCAGUACCUGAAAGACUCCAACAUGCUGUUUUUUGGUGGGCUGGUGGUGGCCAUCGCUGUGGAGCACUGGAACCUGCACAAGAGGAUCGCCCUUCAAGUUCUGCUUCUUGUGGGGGUGAAGCCAUCAUUCCUGAUGAUAGGUUUUAUGAGCACCACGGCCUUCCUGUCCAUGUGGAUCAGCAACACAGCGGCCACAGCCAUGAUGCUGCCCAUCUCCAACGCUGUUCUGCAGCAGCUGUCUGACACAGAGGCCAAAGCUGAAGAAAGACAAUGUAGGCUGACUGCUGCAGGGGAUGGUCAGGACAACCAGGCGUUUGAGUUGAAUGACACCAAACAAACAGACAGCGAGGAGCUCAAAUCAGAGGACAGUAGCAUCAGCAUGGAUAAAGAUGAAGAUGAUAACUUCAAAGACAUGAAAGAACUCAAGGAAAAUGGUGUUACAGCAGAUGUGUGUGACAUGAGUCCUGACUCAGAGCAGCAAAGACUGAAGAGGGAGCAGAAGUAUGCAAAGCUGUCAAAAGGCAUGAGCCUGUGUGUUUGUUAUUCCGCCAUCAUCGGAGGAACGGCCACCCUCACUGGAUGCACACCCAACGUCAUUAUGCAGGGCCAGCUUAAUGAACUCUUUCCAGAAAACGGCGGCAAAAUCAACUUUGCAACCUGGUUUGGCUUCGCGUUCCCCACUGUGGUGCUAAUGCUCGCCUUAUCUUGGUUGUGGCUCCAGUUUAUGUUUUUGGGCUUUAACUUGAAAAAGUCCUUCGGAUGUGGCACAAAUAAAGAUGGUGACAGGGAAGCCUACCAAGUGAUCAAAGAUCAGUACAAAAAGUUGGGCGGGAUGACAUUCGCUGAGGUCUGUGUGCUGGUUAUCUUCACAUUGGUGGUUCUGAUGUGGUUCACCAGAGACCCUGGGUUCAUACCUGGCUGGGCCACUGUGCUCUUCAACAAAGACAAACCGUACGUUACAGAUGGCACUGUGGCCAUAUUCAUGUCAUCACUCUUCUUCUGCAUCCCGUCUAAUUUGCCCAGAUGCUUUUCGAAGUCCAAAGAUGGGUCACCUCCUGAAGCCCCCAUCCCAAUGCUUAAUUGGAAUGUUGUCAAUCAAAAGAUGCCUUGGAACAUCAUUUUGCUCCUUGGAGGAGGCUUUGCUUUGGCCCAUGGAAGUGAGAAAUCUGGACUUUCUGACUGGCUGGGAGAAUGUCUCUUACCGCUGCAGAGUGUCCCUCCUUUUGCCAUCAACAUCCUUCUGUGUCUGCUGGUGGCCAUGUUCACCGAAUGUUCCAGCAACACCGCCACCACUACACUAUUCCUACCAAUAGUCGCUUCUAUGGCUACUGCCAUUGAGAUCCACCCGUUGUAUGUGAUGCUUCCCUGCACCCUCGCUGCCUCGCUGUCGUUCAUGCUGCCGGUGGCCACUCCACCCAACGCCAUCGCUUUCUCCUAUGCCAACCUUAAAGUCAUGGACAUGGUCAAGGCUGGAUUCAUGCUGAACUUAAUUGGGAUCAUUGCCAUCAACAUUGCCAUCAACACGUGGGGCGUUGCCAUGUUUCAGUUGAAUACAUUUCCAAGCUGGGCAAAUGGGACCGAGACUCCUUGAAUGUGAACUCAAGGAAAGCAUCUUCCUGUUUAUCAGGAUUCCACCACUGGAGUACUGGGCUGGCACAUGUCUUGGUAUUUGUCAUUAGGCUCCCUUGUGUGCUCCAGCCAGUGCUUGCGAGUAUGCAAAUAGGUCUGUCCUUGAGCGAUGACACAGAUGCACCUUUUGAUCCUAUAUUCUGCUUCACAGUGGGUAUG